AUGACCCAUCUUGUAACCGCCCAGAAGCAGCAGCACCACCACCACCAGGGGCAGCAACAGCAGCACACCGAGCAGCAACAGCCGAAAAGCCAGCAGCAAACACAGCAACAGCAGCAGCAGCAGCAGCUGUCUAUGCAGCAGAAACUGCAGCAGAAGGUGCAGAAUGCUGUGCAGCGGCUGGUGUUCUCAAGCGCUGUGAGGAUCCGCAACAUUAUGCGCAGCAACAGCAGCAGCAGCAGCAGCAGCAGCAGCUUUGGUGGUUGGUGUAAUUCAGGCCUGAUUGAGUGUGCUGCUGCUGCAGAGGGGCAGGAACGACAGCAGCAACAGCAGCAGCAACAGCAGCAGCAGCAGCACCCGAGCGCCCUGGUGCAGCAAGCUGUCCCUCGCGUUUUGCUGCUGCAUCCACAGUACGACACGAACUGCACCACAGUGCAGCUGCAGCCACACAACUACCUGCAGCAGCAGCAGCAGCAACAGCAGCAGCAACAACAUGCAGCUGGAGGAGAAACAAGAGCGCAACGGCGGCAGCAGCAAAGACUGUUGCAGAAGCAGCAGCAACGGAAGAGUCUUCCUCAUCUUUCCUCAACUGUACCUCCUAGCAGCAGGCCUGCUGCUGCUGCUGCUGCAUCUGUUGCUGCUGCUGCUGCAUCUGUUGCUGCUGCUGCUGAAGCUACUGAUGGUGUUGCUGCUGCUGCAUGCAUACCUUCCCCCUUUGAUAUAGACUUUCCUUGGGGCUUUGGCCCUAGCGAGCGUUUGUAUGCCUAUCUAUGUAGCACCUUUCCCCCUGCUGCUGCCGCUGCAGCAGCAGCAGCAGCAAGAGCAGCAGCAGGAGGGGAACCCCUCUCUAAAGCUGCAUCAUCAGCAGUAGAAGAAGCAGCAGCUGCUGCUGCUGCUGCUCCUUUUGGGUGUCUAGUGAGGGGCCGCCGUGUAUUAGAUUGUGGCUGCUAUGAAGGUGCUGGUGUUGCGCUGCUGCUGCAGCAGCUGCAUGCAGCAGCAGCAGUAGGUGUGGAUAUCAGCAGAGCAGCAGCAGCAGCAGCAAGGAAACGAUGCCAGAAGGAAGUUGCUGCAGGACGUGCUGCUCUGCUUCAGGGAGACCUGUACAGCAGCAGCUUGCUGCCGGUACUGCAGCAGCAGCUGCGUCAGAUGCAGCAGCAGCAGCAGCAGCAGGAAGCAGGGGUGGCAGCAGGGUAUAUGGAUCGAUCUCCAAUAGGCGUUAAGGAAGGACAUACAACAACAGCAGCAGCAGCAGCAUUUGCUGCUGCUGCUGCUAAUCCUGCAGCAGCAGCAGCAGCAGCAGCAGCAACAGAUUUGUUUGAUGUUGCGGUGUCUGUUGAGGUGCUGCCUGCUUCCUUGUCUCGCUGCUGCUUCUUUGCUGCUGUUGCUCAGCUGCUGCGGCCUGGCGGUUUGCUGCUGCUGCUGGAUAGACUAGAAGAGCUAACAGGGGCAGCAUAUCCAGCUGUGGAUCUGCAGCAGCUGCAGCAGCUGCUGCAGCUGCAUCAAGAACAGCAGCAGCAACAAGUGCAGCAGCAGCAUGCAGGGAUCCAUCAAGGAAUAGGGCAUCAGUACUUGCAGCAGCAGCUGCUGCUGCUGCGCUCGCAGCAGCAGCAACAUGCAAAUCGUCUGCUGCAGCAGCUAAAGGGGACAGGCCUCCGUGUGCUGCUGCUGCAGGACCUUCGGGUGUAUGUAGGGGGGACGCAGCAGCUGCUGCUGGAGCAGCACGGCAGCAACCCCUUGCUGCUGCUGCACCGCCAUACCUUAGCAGCAGCGCAGCAAAAAAUAAGAAAUUAUCCUUACCUUCAUCUUGUUGCUGUUAAAGAAUAUUAA